AUGACUGAAAGCAGACGUGAAGUUUUGGAGGAUAGCGUCAAGGUUGAGGAUACGUCCACGUUCCCGACUGUAGAAGAGAGACACAAAGAUAUCCAGAUGAAGGACGAGUUGGCUGUGGCAGUGUUAGAAACUUCAGACCCAGGUGGUUCCAAAUUUCGUCUGAAUGCCUAUAGUGCUGCCAUCGAUGGGAGGGUCAGACGACGCAUGUCCCCCAGCGUUGCGCACAAAGUUCUCCCCAUGACGGGUCCCGAGGAUGUAAUCCUCGAUGACUGCGAGUCGAGAUGGAUAGCGUCCUUGCUGCUGAUGUCCCUCAGUUCGGUCGCUCGCCGGGUUUGUAGGUUUUCUGCGAGAUGGAACCGAUCUGGGGUCGUUCCGAGUUGCUUCCUAUUUCUGGAGCGCGCUUUUAACGAUUGUUCGCUCGAGGGAGUCGAUGGAUCAAAACGCUGUUUUCCAGGUUCAGACGGCUUGGUGUCGCUUCUUGUCGAUGGGGGCCUUGUCCGAAUGCUGCGUUUCUAG